AUGCCCACCCCCCAAACUUACCACAUCUUCGGCGAAACCCUCACCACCAGCCUCUCCCCGACCCUCCACAACGCCGCCUUCGCCCACCACCGCCUCCCCCACCACUACACCAUCCAAGAAUGCCCCUCCCUCGCCGCCGUCCAACAUCUGAUUGAUGCCCCCACCUUCGGCGGCGCCAGCGUCACCAUGCCGCACAAGCUGACCGCCUUCCCGCUGUGCGACGAGGUCAGCGCCGCCGCGCGACAGAUCGGGGCGAUCAACACCCUCAUCGCGGAGACGCGGGACGGCCAACGCGUCAUCACCGGCGACAACACCGACUGGCGGGGGUUGUACGAGCUCGUGGCGGAGUUUUCGGCCGCUAGCCGGGGUGGUUCCCGUAGCGGCGACGAAGCCGAUGGUACCACUUCGCCCAACCCGGGCCUCACUUCCACCCCUUCCGACUCCAGCUGCGACCGCAGGAAAACCGGCCUCGUCCUCGGGGCCGGCGGCGCCGCCCGCGCCGCCGUCUACGCGCUCCUGCAGGCGAACUUCGCCCGGAUCGUGAUUGCGAACCGGACGGUCGCGAAGGCGGAGACGAUUGUUCGGGAUUUCGAGGGGUUGACGGGGCCGAAUGGGUUCAAAUGCGAGACUGUGGCCGUGGCGUACCCGGUUCCUGCGGGGGGAGGGGUGAAGCCGGAUGUUGUGAUCGGGACGGUGCCGGGGGAUGUGGUCGCGGAGACGGAGGUGGCGGGCCUGUUCGCGGGACGAGAGAAGGGGUUGGUGGUGGAGAUGGCGUACAAGCCGCGGGUGACGGGGUUGAUGCGCGCGGGGCGGCAGGCGGGGUGGGAAGUGCAGGAUGGGCUGGAGGUGUUGCUGCGGCAGGGGUUCGUGCAGUAUGCCCUGUGGACGGGGCGGGAGGCGCCUGUGCAGGUGAUGCGGGGGAGUAUUGCGGAGCGAGUAUAA